AUGAGCCUUUCAUUCUGUGGUAACAACAUUUCUUCAUAUAAUAUCAGUCAUGGUGUAUUACAAAAUCCCUGCUUUGUGGAUGCCCUCAACCUGGUCCCUCAUGUCUUCCUGUUGUUUAUCACUUUUCCAAUAUUGUUUAUUGGGUGGGGAAGUCAAAGUUCGAAAGUACAAAUUCACCACAACACAUGGCUUCAUUUUCCUGGACAUAACCUGAGAUGGAUUCUUACAUUUGCUCUUCUCUUUGUGCAUGUUUGUGAAAUAGCAGAAGGCAUUGUUUCUGAUUCACGGCGGGAAUCACGGCAUCUCCACCUCUUCAUGCCAGCUGUGAUGGGAUUUGUCGCCACUACAACAUCAAUAGUAUAUUAUCAUAAUAUUGAAACAUCAAAUUUUCCUAAAUUGCUUUUAGCCCUAUUUCUGUAUUGGGUAAUGGCCUUUAUUACAAAAACUAUAAAAUUAGUCAAGUACUGGCAGUCUGGUUGGGGAGUAUCAGACUUGCGUUUCUGCAUCACUGGGAUGAUGGUCAUCUUGAAUGGACUCCUGAUGGCUGUGGAGAUCAAUGUAAUUCGGGUCAGAAGAUAUGUAUUCUUCAUGAAUCCUCAGAAAGUAAAGCCUCCUGAAGACCUCCAAGAUCUGGGUGUGAGAUUUCUUCAACCGUUUGUGAAUUUAUUGUCAAAAGCAACAUACUGGUGGAUGAACACACUUAUCAUAUCUGCUCAUAAAAAGCCUAUUGAUCUGAAGGCAAUUGGAAAAUUGCCAAUAGCAAUGAGGGCAGUAACAAAUUAUGUUUGCCUGAAAGAUGCAUAUGAAGAACAAAAGAAAAAAGUAGCAGAUCAUCCAAACCGGACUCCAUCUAUAUGGCUAGCAAUGUACAGAGCAUUUGGGCGACCAAUUCUGCUUAGUAGCACAUUCCGUUAUCUUGCAGAUUUACUGGGUUUUGCUGGACCUCUCUGUAUUUCUGGAAUAGUUCAGCGUGUGAAUGAAACCCAGAAUGGGACAAAUAACACAACAGGAAUUUCAGAAACCCUUUCAUCAAAGGAAUUUCUUGAAAAUGCUUAUGUACUAGCAGUUCUUCUUUUCUUGGCCCUUAUUCUGCAAAGGACAUUUUUGCAGGCUUCCUACUAUGUAACCAUAGAGACUGGCAUUAACCUCCGUGGAGCUCUGCUGGCCAUGAUAUACAAUAAAAUUCUUAGGCUGUCUACAUCUAAUUUAUCCAUGGGUGAGAUGACCCUGGGACAGAUCAAUAACUUGGUUGCCAUUGAAACCAAUCAACUCAUGUGGUUCUUGUUCCUGUGUCCCAAUCUAUGGGCAAUGCCUGUUCAGAUCAUAAUGGGAGUGAUUCUGCUCUAUAAUUUACUUGGAUCAAGCGCAUUGGUUGGGGCAGCUGUCAUUGUGCUUCUGGCACCCAUUCAGUACUUCAUCGCAACAAAAUUGGCAGAGGCUCAGAAGAGCACUCUUGAUUAUUCUACUGAGAGACUGAAGAAAACAAACGAAAUAUUGAAAGGCAUCAAACUUCUAAAGUUGUAUGCCUGGGAGCACAUCUUUUGUAAAAGUGUAGAAGAAACAAGAAUGAAAGAACUAUCCAGUCUCAAAACCUUUGCACUUUAUACAUCACUCUCCAUCUUCAUGAACGCAGCAAUCCCCAUAGCAGCUGUUCUUGCUACGUUUGUUACCCACGCGUAUGCUAGCGGGAACAAUCUAAAACCUGCAGAGGCCUUUGCUUCACUGUCUCUCUUUCAUAUCCUGGUCACCCCACUGUUCCUGCUCUCUACAGUGGUCAGAUUUGCAGUCAAAGCCAUCAUAAGUGUUCAAAAGCUGAAUGAGUUUCUCUUGAGUGAUGAGAUUGGUGAGGAUAGCUGGCGAACUGGUGAAGGUUCUCUCCCUUUUGAGUCCUGUAAGAAACACACUGCAGUGCAGCCGAAAACUAUAAACAGGAAGCAGCCUGGAAGAUAUCACCUGGACAGCUAUGAGCAAUCAACAAGGCGUCUACGUCCUGUAGAGACAGAGGACAUUGCAAUAAAGGUCACAAAUGGCUACUUUUCAUGGGGCAGUGGUUUAGCUACAUUAUCCAAUAUAGAUAUUCGAAUUCCAACAGGUCAGUUGACCAUGAUUGUGGGCCAAGUGGGCUGUGGGAAGUCUUCUCUUCUCCUUGCUAUCCUUGGUGAGAUGCAGACACUGGAAGGCAAAGUUCACUGGAGCAAUGUAAAUGAAUCUGAACCUUCUUUUGAAGCAACCAGAAGUAGGAACAGGUAUUCUGUGGCUUACGCAGCUCAAAAACCUUGGCUAUUAAAUGCUACAGUAGAAGAAAAUAUUACUUUUGGAAGUCCUUUCAACAAACAGAGGUACAAAGCAGUUACGGAUGCCUGUUCUCUUCAGCCAGAUAUUGACUUACUACCUUUUGGAGACCAAACUGAAAUUGGAGAGAGGGGCAUCAACCUGAGUGGGGGUCAGAGGCAAAGAAUCUGUGUGGCACGAGCUCUCUAUCAAAAUACCAACAUUGUCUUUUUGGAUGAUCCAUUCUCUGCCCUGGACAUUCACUUGAGUGAUCACUUAAUGCAGGAAGGGAUUUUGAAAUUUCUCCAAGAUGACAAAAGGACACUUGUUCUUGUAACUCACAAAUUACAGUAUCUAACACAUGCUGACUGGAUCAUAGCCAUGAAGGAUGGAAGUGUACUAAGAGAAGGGACUUUGAAGGACAUUCAAACCAAAGAUGUUGAGCUUUAUGAACACUGGAAAACACUUAUGAAUCGGCAAGAUCAAGAAUUAGAAAAGGAUAUGGAAGCGGACCAAACAACGUUGGAGAGGAAAACCCUCCGAAGAGCCAUGUAUUCGAGAGAGGCCAAAGCCCAAAUGGAGGAUGAAGAUGAAGAGGAAGAAGAGGAGGAAGAUGAGGAUGAUAAUAUGUCCACUGUAAUGAGGCUCAGGACUAAAAUGCCGUGGAAAACCUGCUGGCGGUACCUUACUUCUGGAGGAUUCUUCUUGCUCUUCCUGAUGAUUUUUUCUAAGCUUUUGAAACAUUCAGUCAUUGUGGCUAUAGACUACUGGCUGGCCACAUGGACUUCAGAGUACAGUAUAAAUAAUACUGGAAAAGCUGAUCAGACCUACUAUGUGGCCGGAUUUAGCAUACUUUGCGGAGCAGGUAUUUUCCUCUGCCUUGUGACAUCUCUCACUGUAGAAUGGAUGGGUCUCACAGCUGCCAAAAAUCUUCACCACAAUCUCCUCAAUAAGAUAAUUCUUGGACCAAUAAGAUUCUUUGAUACCACCCCCCUGGGACUGAUUCUCAAUCGCUUCUCAGCUGAUACAAAUAUCAUCGAUCAGCACAUCCCUCCAACUUUGGAAUCUCUAACUCGCUCAACACUGCUCUGCCUGUCUGCCAUUGGCAUGAUUUCUUAUGCUACCCCUGUGUUCCUGGUUGCUCUUGUGCCUCUUGGGGUCGCCUUUUAUUUUAUCCAGAAAUACUUUCGAGUGGCCUCCAAGGACCUCCAGGAACUUGAUGACAGUACCCAGCUCCCUCUGCUUUGCCACUUCUCAGAAACAGCUGAAGGACUCACCACCAUUCGGGCAUUUAGGCACGAAACCAGAUUUAAGCAACGUAUGCUGGAACUGACGGACACAAACAACAUUGCCUACUUAUUUCUCUCAGCAGCCAACAGAUGGCUAGAGGUCAGAACGGAUUAUUUGGGAGCUUGCAUUGUCCUCACUGCUUCCAUUGCAUCCAUCAGCGGGUCUUCCAAUUCUGGAUUGGUGGGCUUGGGUCUUCUGUAUGCACUUACGAUAACCAAUUAUUUGAAUUGGGUUGUGAGGAACUUGGCUGACCUGGAGGUCCAAAUGGGGGCAGUGAAGAAAGUGAACAGUUUCUUAACUAUGGAGUCUGAGAACUAUGAAGGCACCAUGGACCCUUCUCAAGUUCCAGAACAUUGGCCACAGGAAGGGGAGAUCAAGAUUCAUGAUCUGUGUGUCAGAUACGAAAAUAAUCUGAAACCUGUUCUUAAACAUGUCAAGGCUUACAUCAAACCUGGGCAAAAGGUGGGCAUAUGUGGCCGAACUGGCAGUGGGAAAUCAUCAUUAUCUCUGGCUUUCUUCAGAAUGGUUGAUAUAUUUGAUGGAAAGAUUGUCAUUGAUGGGAUAGACAUUUCAAAACUACCACUGCACACACUACGUUCUAGACUUUCAAUCAUUUUGCAGGAUCCAAUACUAUUCAGUGGUUCUAUUAGAUUUAAUUUAGAUCCAGAGUGUAAAUGCACAGAUGACAGACUCUGGGAAGCUCUAGAAAUUGCUCAGCUGAAGAAUAUGGUCAAAUCCCUGCCAGGAGGUCUAGAUGCAGUUGUCACUGAAGGUGGGGAGAACUUUAGCGUUGGACAGAGACAGCUGUUUUGCCUUGCCAGGGCCUUUGUCCGCAAAAGCAGCAUUCUCAUCAUGGACGAAGCAACAGCUUCCAUUGACAUGGCCACAGAAAACAUUUUGCAGAAAGUGGUAAUGACGGCUUUUGCAGACCGCACUGUUGUUACAAUAGCUCAUCGGGUUCACACUAUUCUGACGGCAGACCUAGUUAUUGUGAUGAAGCGAGGAAAUAUUUUAGAAUAUGACACUCCAGAAAGCCUCUUGGCUAGAGAAGAUGGAGUUUUUGCUUCUUUUGUCCGUGCAGACAUGUGA